UUCUUAGGAGUGCUCCUGGGCAUAGCCAUCCGUACUGGAUCUCCUCUCAGUCUCAACCUGGCUGAACCUGUCUGGAAACAGCUGGCUGGGAUGAACCUCACCAUCGCUGACCUUAGUGAGGUGGAUAAAGACUUCAUCCCUGGCCUGAUGUACAUCAGAGACAACGAGGCCACGACUGAGGAGUUUGAGGGCAUGACUCUCCCCUUCACAGUCCCUAACGCCAGCGGACAGGACAUUCAGCUCAGCUCUAAAUACUCCCACAUCACCCUGGAGAACAGGGCCGAGUACGUCCGCCUCGCCAUCAACUACAGGCUCCAUGAGUUUGAUGAGCAGGUGUCAGCUGUGAGGGAAGGGAUGGCUCGGGUCGUACCUGUCCCUCUGCUCUCCCUCUUCACUGGAUAUGAGCUAGAGACAAUGGUGUGUGGUAGUCCAGACAUCCCCCUCCACCUGUUGAAGUCAGUAGCCACCUAUAAAGGUGUGGAGCCUACCUCUCCUCUCAUCCACUGGUUCUGGGAGGUCAUGGAGUCCUUCUCCAACACAGAGCGAUCUCUGUUUCUGCGCUUCGUCUGGGGACGGACACGCCUCCCACGCACCAUCGCUGACUUCAGGGGACGAGACUUCGUUGUCCAGGUGCUGGAUAAGUACAACCCUCCGGACCACUUCCUGCCAGAGUCCUACACCUGUUUCUUUCUCCUCAAGCUGCCCAGGUAUUCCUGUAAGCAGGUACUGGAGGAGAAGCUGAAAUAUGCCAUCCACUUCUGUAAGAGUAUUGAUACAGACGACUACGCCAGAAUCGCUCUGACCGGAGAACCCACUGCGGAUAACAGCUCUGAAGACUCAGACAACGAGGACGCAGACUCCUUCGCCUCCGACUCCACGCAGGACUACCUGACAGGCCACUGACCUCUAACCCCUGAUCCAGCUUCUCUGACUCCACGCAGGACUACCUGACAGGCCACUGACCCCUGACCCCUGAUCCAGCUUGUCUGACUCCACGCAGGACUACCUGACAGGCCACUGACCUCUAACCCCUGAUCCAGCUUCUCUGACUCCACGCAGGACUACCUGACAGGCCACUGACCCCUGACCCCUGAUCCAGCUUGUCUGACUCCACGCAGGACUACCUGACAGGCCACUGACCCCUGACCUCUAACCCCUGAUCCAGCUUCUCUGACUCCACGCAGGACUACCUGACAGGCCACUGACCUCUAACCCCUGAUCCAGCUUCUCUGACUCCACGCAGGACUACCUGACAGGCCACUGACCUCUAACCCCUGAUCCAGCUUCUCUGACUCCACGCAGGACUACCUGACAGGCCACUGACCCGUAUAACCCCUUCCUACGACCCCUGACUCCAGGAGCCUAAGGGUGAGCAGGGAAGGGCCCGUAUUAAAAGCUGAGCUGUAAAAUCGGAAUGAAAGAUAUGUCUGUGUUAGUUAAUCACCUAUGAAUACAUCAUUACAUACCUGCAUUCUACUAAGACUAAACCUGAUGUGAAAAAACAAUAUAUAAUGUUCAAUGUGCUUUAAGAGAAGAAGAGACAGACAGUGGAAUCUCAAAUGACACCCUAUUUCUUAUCUAGCAGCUCCCGGGUCCGGUACACUACGUAGGGAAUAGGAUGUCAUCUGGGAGAGACAGGAAGUGAGCGUUGAGAUGCUACACACGUUGUUGUGUUGACGUUACAGCUGUAGGUGUUACAGAGAACAGGCUGUGGACCGCCAUUCACAUCAACGAUGGCAUAACGGCCACACCGACUGGCAGUCCUGUGUCUAUAGGUUCUAUAUCUGUGGCGCCCUGUGCUACAACUGUGACUAAUUACAGAACCUGUCUGUCUCUAGUUUGUUGUACAGUAAACUGAUGUGACAAAAUGAGUAGUAUUAUUUAGUUAUUGUUUUGGGUAAUAAUAGUAGUUUCUUUUUAUAGGAACAUUUUUAACAAAACAAUUGGCAGUUCUACAGUUGACGUUGUGUCAAUCAGAAGAGAAGAGAGCCAAGUGAAGGGUGACUUAAAUGUGCGUUCCAAAUGGCACACCAUUCACUAAAUUGUGCACUACUAUACCAUAGGGCACUGGUCAAAUGUAGUGCACUACUAUACCAUAGAGUACUGGUCAAAUGUAGUGCACUACUAUACCAUAGGGCACUGGUCAAAUGUAGUGCACUACUAUACCAUAGGGCUGCCAUUUUACGCAUCUUUGAAUGUGUGUCCUGUCUCUCUACCCCUCCUGUGUCCUGUCUCUCUCUCUACCCCUCCUGACUGUGUCCUGUCUCUCUCUCUACCCCUCCUGACUGUGUCCUGUCUCU